AGGAAAGAUUAACAUGCAAGAAUCAAAAGAUCAGCGAAAACUUUUAUGUCCGAGGUGAUGGCACGAAAAUGGAUUUGAUAUGGAAGAAUAUGGGUUGUGCUGCAAACAAGUGGAAAAUCGAUCACGGGAAAUAGUAAUGAAUCGGCGUUGGGUCCAAGCUGUAUUUCACUUAGAUGGUGCUAGCUGCCUAUCUAGCACAAAGACUGAAAUCAAGGUAGAGCACGAUAAGGCUCGUACCAAUCCUGAGAUCUUGGAGAACACUUCAGCUGAUCAUGCAAGUGGGCUAGACCUUGACAUAUCUGAGGGACUGGCUGCUGAGAUGUUUGGUAUUUCAGUUUCCAAUGACGAGAUUAUUGAGGUCAUGGUACAAGAUUGGAGCUUCCAGAUAACAGUACUUCCAAAAGAGUACCAACAUACCUGUAAAUCAACUGGGUUAAUGCUUUGGGAAUCAGCCCGGCUGAUGGCUUCUGUUCUUGCGGCAAAUCAAAAUAUUGUUGCAGGAAAAAAGGUGUUAGAGCUGGGAUGCGGCUGUGGGGGAAUCUGCACUAUGGUUGCUACUAAAUCUGCUGACAUUGUGGUUGCCACCGAUGGAGAUGUAAAAGCCCUCGACUUGUUGACCCGCAAUGUUGCUGCAAAUCUCAAAUCACCCUCUCUUGCCAAACUCAUUACGAAAAGACUAGACUGGGGAAAUAGAGAUCAUAUAGAAUCCGUAAAAGGAUUGAAUGAUGAAGGUUUCGAGAUCAUUAUUGGCACGGAUGUAACUUAUGUUCCUGAAGCGAUCAUGCCCUUGUUUGCAACUGCAAAAGAGCUAAUUUCAUCAAACCGAGGCAUUGAAGAGAACUCAGAGCCAGCUUUGAUUCUUUGCCAUGUCUUGCGCAGAGUUGAUGAGCCAUCUCUACUUGCAGCUGCAUCUCAAUUCGGUUUUAGGCUGGUUGAUAGAUGGCCCACUGAUGCAGCAACAGCUUCUCAAAGCAUCAUUAGCACCUGGUUCUCAGAUAACAGUGUUAAAGAGUGCGUUCCGAGUACAGCAUUGAGUAUCAUGUACUUCUACACCGUAUAGUUGGCCUUGUCAAUCUUAUCAUGUCAUCCCCCACAAAGUCUUUGCCAGUUGCAGAAGAGACCAAUUUUCUAUCAUGAUUUUGUGGAUGUGUGGAUUUUUUAUUAUUGCUUGCGGAAGCAGGGCAAAAAAGUGGGAUGACUGAAGUUACUAUGAAGUAAAGGUGAGGUUAUAAUUUAGGGUGUGUUUGAUAAUGUUUUUUAAAAAAAAAAAUAAAUUUUUGUUUUUUGUAAUAAAAAUUAAAAAUAUAAAACGUGUUUGG